GGGGCGGAGAAAGAGAUGCCCAGGGAAGGAAGGAAGACCAUGGGGCGAUUCCUCUUGGUGACCCUCAGCUUGCUGGUCGGGGCUUUCUUCCUAAAUGGAGCCAACAGCAGCUGUUGUCCCCAAGAUUGGCUCCCCAGGAAUGGGUUUUGCUACAAGGUCUUCAAUGAUCCCAAGAACUGGGACGAUGCUGAGACGCUCUGCAGGAAAUACAAGCCAGGCUGCCACCUUGCCUCCAUCCAUGGCGGUGAAGAGUCAACUGACUUGGCCGAAUGCGUCUCCGACUAUCUCAGGAAUGGCUGUUAUCUUGGCCCAGGGGGAGGAAACAUCUAGGCAGACCCUUGAACCGCCCCCAGGUCCCCUCUGGUUGGGCUGAAGUAGAGGGUUACACCGUAGGUUGGGUGCAUGGCGAGGUAGC